AUGUCUGAGCCCACCACAUUCACCCCGCCGCCAAGCACCCACUGGCCCUCCAGCAACUUCGUCCUCGCCGCCGGCACCGCCACAUUCCAGCCCUCGACCCGCAAGGUCCUCAUCAUCCAAGACACCUCCCGUACACGUCCCGGCACCCCGCGCGAGAGCUGCCUCUGGUUUCUUCCCCGCGGCCGCAAAGACGUCGGCGAGAGCAUCGAGGCCUGUGCUGUGCGGGAGACGCUUGAAGAGGCCGGCUACGCCGCUACGCUCCUCCCUUUCCACCUCCAGGCCCUGCCCCACAUCCUCCGCCGCCCACGGCGGCUGCCAGAGAAGCUGGAUGAUCUCCGUCUGUACGUGGCGUUCUGGUUCCUGUGCACGAUCCCUGCGGACGCGAUGCGGGCGGCGGACUACGGCGCGCAUUUUGUCGGCGCGCAUGAGCGUGGGUAUGAUUCGGAGCUUGUGGAGGUUGGUGAGGCGGUGAGGCUGUUGAGUGGGGGGAGGCUGGAGUAUAGGGAGGAGGAGGGCGGGGAAGGGGGUGUGGUGGAGAGGGCGACGGGGAGGGGAGUGGGGUGGCAGGAUGUGGAGGCGGGGUGGGCGGGUGGGGUGGAGGCGUUGGUGGUGGCAAGGGGGUGGGGGGUUGUGAAGAGGACGAUGGAGGGGAAUUUAAUCAAAGCUGUAAUUUUCAGCACCGGGGGGCCUCCGAAGGGAUUCUGGGACGGCAAGAAGCUUGCCAGUGAUUUAAAGAUAUGUUUUUAA